AACCAGCGUGUUGUUAGCGCACUUCUCUCAGCCAAUCAGCUUGCUCCCUGCUGACGCGAGCCGAGCGGAUCUCCAGCAGUCACAUGACUGAGCCAUUUUUUUGAGCUGCAGAGUGAUUGCUAACAGCUCACUUGUUAAUCAUCAUGCCAACCACUCAGCAGUCACCCCAGGAUGAGCAGGAGAAGCUGCUGGACGAGGCCGUCCAGGCUGUCAAAGUUCAGUCUUUCCAGAUGAAACGCUGCCUGGACAAGAAUAAGCUGAUGGAUGCACUGAAACAUGCCUCUAACAUGCUGGGGGAGCUCAGGACCUCCAUGCUGUCUCCUAAAAGCUACUAUGAACUAUACAUGGCCAUAUCAGAUGAGCUACACUACCUGGAGGUUUACCUGACUGACGAGUUUGCUAAAGGCCGUAAGGUGGCUGACCUGUACGAGCUCGUACAAUACGCCGGGAACAUCAUCCCCAGGCUAUUGUUCUGGCAGGAGUCUUGGAGCAGGUGGUGAACUGCAGAGAUUCUCUGGCUCAGGAGUACCUCAUGGAGUGUAUUAUACAGGUCUUUCCAGACGAGUUCCACCUCCAGACCCUGAACCCGUUUCUCCGAGCGUGUGCAGAGCUCCACCAACACGUCAAUGUCAAGAACAUCAUCAUAGCUCUAAUUGACAGGUUGGCUCUGUUUGCUCACAGAGAAGAUGGACCUGGAAUCCCAGCUGAAAUCAAACUCUUUGAUAUUUUCUCUCAGCAAGUGGCCACAGUCAUCCAGUCUCGUCAGGACAUGCCGUCAGAGGACGUGGUGUCUCUGCAAGUGUCCCUCAUAAACCUGGCUAUGAAGUGCUACCCCGAUCGUGUCGAUUACGUAGACAAGGUUCUGGAGAGCACCGUGGAGAUCUUCAACAAGCUCAACCUGGAACACAUCGCGACGAGCAGCGCCGUAUCCAAGGAGCUCACCAGGCUGCUGAAGAUUCCUGUGGAUACCUACAACAACAUCCUGACGGUCCUGCAGCUCAAACACUUCCCGCCGCUCUUCGAGUACUUCGAUUACGAGUCACGCAAGAGCAUGAGUUGCUACGUGCUCAGCAACACGCUGGACUACAACACCACCAUAUUGGGUCAGGAGCAGGUGGACGCAACCCUGAACCUGGUGUCCACACUGAUCCAGGAUCAGCCAGAUCAGCCUGCUGAGGAUCCCGACCCGGAGGACUUCGCAGAGGAGCAGAGUUUAGUGGGUCGCUUCAUCCACCUGUUACAUUCAGACGAUCCGGACCAACAGUACCUGAUAUUAAACACAGCCAGGAAGCACUUCGGAGCCGGGGGUAAUCAGAGGAUCCGCUACACGCUGCCCCCACUGGUGUUCGCCGCCUAUCAGCUGGCCUUUCGCUACAAAGAAAACGCCUCCUCGGACGAUAAGUGGGAGAAGAAGUGCCAGAAGAUCUUCUCCUUCGCCCAUCAGACCAUCAGCGCUCUGAUCAAGGCCGAGCUGGCCGAGCUGCCUCUGCGUCUCUUCCUGCAGGGGGCGCUCGCUGCCGGGGAGAUCGGCUUCGAGAACCAUGAGACCGUCGCCUACGAGUUCAUGUCCCAGGCGUUCUCUCUGUAUGAGGAUGAGAUCAGUGACUCUAAAGCCCAGCUCGCAGCCAUCACGCUGAUCAUCGGCACGUUCGAGCGCAUGCGCUGUUUCAGUGAGGAGAACCACGAGCCUUUGAGAACCCAGUGUGCUCUUGCUGCCUCCAAACUGCUGAAGAAACCCGACCAGUGCCGUGCGGUCAGCAUCUGCGCUCAUCUCUUCUGGUCCGGACGCAACGUCGACAAGAACGGAGACGAGAUCCGUGACGGGAAGCGUGUGAUGGAAUGCUUAAAGAAGGCCCUGAAGAUCGCUAACCAGUGCAUGGAUCCGUCUCUACAAGUGCAGCUCUUCAUUGAGAUCCUUAACCGUUACGUGUGUUUCUACGAGCGAGAGAACGAUGCGGUGACCGUUCAGGUCCUGAACCAGCUGAUCCAGAAGAUCCGUGAGGACCUGCCCAACCUAGAGGCGAGUGAGGAGACAGAGCAGAUCAACAAACACUUCCACAACACACUGGAACACCUUCGUCUGCAGAGGGAGUCGCCUGAGUCAGAAGGCCCCGCCUACGAGGGGCUGGUACUGUAGAGGCCACGCCCACUACAUCCAACAUACAUACCUAUAUCUGUGUACACACCCUAUAGACAUACUGUGUGUGUGUGUGUGUGUGUGUGUGUGUGUGUGUGUACUCCAGCUAACAGAAAAACCCAACCAACUCGCCAUCUUCAUCUUACAUAAAUGUUUGGUUCUUUUUUUCCCCCUUAUCUCUAAAGUUUUUGUCUAGAAUUAAAGUAAAAUUCGAAUUAAUAUUAACUCAUUUCUAGCUACUAAUUUCUCUUUUUUUCUCCUGUCUUUUUCUCUUUUACCUCUUUUGUAAUUUUAAAAAUUAAGCAUUCCUUUUUCUUUCCCUUUUCUAUAAAGAAAUUAUUUUUGAUCAUUUUUUUUCUCUAUGGUAAAGAGAAAGAAAGGAAAUAAUUUCUUUUAUUUUCUUAUUUUCCUUUACUCUCUUUCUGUUGAUUUUUUUCUGUCUUUCUUUUCUCAGUUAGUUCUCGAUUUGCUUCUGUGCGGAGGUUCAUUAAGAUGUCGCGUUCUUUCGCGUGUUCCUUCGCGCUCCUUUGAAUCCAUGCUGCUGUCGAUCUUUGUUUUCCUGUCAACUCUCUGUAUCCUUCUCUCUGUUUUAUUUUCUCUCUCCCUCUUUCUGCUUUUCCGGUCUGUUCCGUGGCGGUGAAAGCUGGAGUAAAAUGUGAAGAGAUGGGGGGUGUGUGUGUGUGUGUGUGUGUGUGUGUGUGUGUGUGUGUGUGUGUGUGUGUGUGUGUGUGUGUGUCAGUCAGUCACAUGCUGGUGCGUUGGCUUUUCUACAGAGCGGAGGCGGACGCAGGCGUGUACAGAUGAAAUCUGUGUGUGUGUGUGUGUGUGUGUGUGUGUGUAUGGCUAAUUUCCUCAGCCUCCAGCUCUGUGUAUCACGUUCCCUAUAUAUUUUUUAACUCAUUAUUUCCCCGUGUUCCCUCGACAUGUUCUGUAAAUCAGCUAAAAAAAAUAAUUGAUUUCAUGACAUUUGUGCAAAUAAACACGAUAUUAACCCCCAAGAAA